AUGGCCAAAACGUUUUCACUACGAAGACAGGAAAUAGUGGAAAAGCAAUUGGGAGUGGAAGAAUUGAAAGAAAGAUGGCCUGCAUUAUUCACGGUGGAUGAGAUCAAUGCUGAAUUUCUGAGGAUUACAACUGUUCCGCUUCAGACAAGAUUCCUUGCUUCUUUGGACAGGCACCACAGCAAGCUGAUAGAGCUCAUUAGAAGGAAGGGAGGAGUUAACAGAGAGAAGACCCAGAGGCUUCUUCAAGCUCUCGAUCGGAGCCUUGAUGCCAAUAUAAAGCGAGAGUGUCUGCUGAAAUGUCUCACUAUUUACCUUGGAGAAGACCUAGACCAACUCUUCAAGGAAUAUCUGGUUGUCCAAUGGGAAGAAGCGGAGAUGGAACUUUCUCGUGCAUCAAUGGCAGUGUUCGUCAUCAGGGAAGAGGAUGAUUCUCUUCAACCACAUGAGAUUGGUGUUGUCAUAGACGGUGUUAAAGUCCUGAACAUGUUGCCAUCAGUCGCACAUGCAGGUGCCAUGCUGUUUGGUCUAAUGUAUGUGCUGAACCUAAGCUAUCCAGCGCCUCCUACUGGGGUGUGGAGGACUGGACUGACUGUGUCUCCUACUGGGGUGUUGAGGACUGGACUGACUGUGUCUCCUACUGGGGUGUGGAGGACUGGACUGACUGUCUCCUACUGGGGUGUGGAGGACUGGACUGAAAGCGCCUCCUGCUGGGGUGUGGAGGACUGGGCUGAAAGCGCCUCCUGCUGGGGUGUGGAGGACUGGACUGAAAGCGCCUCCUGCUGGGGUGUGGAGGACUGGGCUGAAAGCGCCUCCUGCUGGGGUGUGGAGGACUGGACUGACUGUCUCCUACUGGGGUGA